GCGGAUCCCUUUAUCGUGCGAGCUCGUGUUCUCCCGUCGCCGCCGCCGCGCCCUUUAUCAGUGGUUCAGCCACUCUGCUCAGUGCUCACCGCCACAGGUAGGCUACGACCGGGGAGCCUUAAAGGGAACACACGGUGGAAUAAACCACUUUUGUUGGUGGAAGACGGACCCUUUUAGAAACAUCUGGAAUGGAGAAGCACUAGUAAUAGAGCAGCAGAUUACAAGAGCGCAAACAGACAAGAACUACACCAUGGGGGAUUGUGGCCAUGGCAAGUUUACUGUAUACCGGGAAGGUCCAGAGUCUCAGACCGGCCAACACCAAAGGCUUCUCCUCAACUCCUGCAUCCUCCCUUCCUACCAUACAAUGGUGUGCCGGUGUUCCACCUAGAUAGGGUCACUAUCUAAAAACCUCCCCCGUCAAACCCUACCCUUUCUGAGGUCGGACCGGCCUCCACAGGGCCUGCCUGGGCCACUCUCUCCCCGCCUUAAUCCCAUUUCUCUCAGCUCAGCCUUUCCCCCCUCCAUCACAUCAUGUUGAUGGACAGGACUGGGGAGGACGUCAGCGGUUGCUACUACAACCGCUCGGUCAAGUUCUUCUACGAAGAGAGCGGCAAGAACAUCAGCGACCACUGGCGUAGACGGGACUACGUCAUCGUGAGCCUGGGCAUGUUGGUGUGCUUCAUCGUCAUCCUCUCCAACUUGUUGGUCAUGUUGGCCAUCUUCGUCAACCGCCGCUUCCACUUCCCCAUCUACUACCUGCUGGGCAACCUGGCGGCCGCUGACCUCCUCUCAGGGAUCUCCUACCUCCACCUCAUGUUCCACACGGGCCCCUGGACCAGCAAGCUGUCCAAGAACCAGUGGUUUGUGCGCCAGGGGCUGAUCGACACCAGCCUCACGGCCUCCGUGGUCAACCUGCUGGCCAUCGCCGUGGAGCGCCACCAGACCAUCUUCACCAUGCAGCUGCACAGCAAGAUGACCAAUCGCCGGGUGGUCAUGUUGAUCAUCGGCAUCUGGCUGGUGGCCAUCCUCAUGGGCCUGGUGCCGACCAUGGGCUGGCACUGCGUGUGCGACCUGGAGAACUGCUCCACCAUGGCGCCCAUGUACAGCCGCAGCUACCUGGUGUUCUGGGGCCUGCUCAACCUGCUCACCUUCACCGUCAUGUUGGCGGUGUACAUGCGCAUCUUCCUGUACGUGCGCCACAAGAGCCAGCGCAUGUCGCAGCACACCAGCCAGGUGCGGCACAAGGAGACGGUGGUCAACCUGAUGAAGACCGUCUCCAUGAUCCUGGGCUGCUUCGUGAUCUGCUGGACACCCGGCCUGGUGGUGCUGCUGCUGGACGGCCUGGGCUGCGACAGCUGCAAGGUGCUCCGCUACGAGAAGUACUGCCUGGUGCUGGCCGAGUGCAACUCCUUCGUCAACCCCAUCAUCUACUCCUUCAGGGACAAGGACAUGUGGCGGACCUUCAAGAGCAUCCUGUGCUUCCCGUGUCGGCGGGACCGCGGCGGGGAGUCGGCGGCCCGCUUCACCAGCAUGGAGCAAGAGCCUCUUAAGGGUCAAGGUACUACAUUGACAGAGUUGAAGAACGGAGCCUCCAAAAGUGUCCUAGGAUCCAAAGACGCCCUGGACUCCUCGGAGAAUUAGCGUUCACCUGAAUCAAGAACAUUUGCCACUUCAUUUUGUAUCAUAUUUUAUCUGUAUGUUUUUUUUUGUAUUGCUCAUUAUGAAUACUGACUAUGAAUACAUUAUGAAUAUUUUUUUUUGUCUUUCAUAAUGUUAUUACCCAGAAAGCAUAGUGCAGGUCAAUAUUUGAUUGCAUUGUAAAAGUUCAUGUAUCAUCUUAGUGUUUGGAAUUUUAUUUCUAUGUGUGCAGUAAACAAGGCAAAAAAUAGUAGGGCUUGAAUCAGCCUUGUAUUUAUAGUCAUCCAAUGACGGCAGGGUUCAAUUUGAGACCAAGAGUUUUAAAAUGUUCACAAUCAAAGGCUGAAUCCAUGUAUAACUUGUAUUUCUUUGGUGAAGUUGUUGCACUUUUUUUUUUUUCUUAAUCCAAGGGUACUCUGAAGGAGGGGGUGGGGGGUGUCGUUUUAGAAUUAUCGUUUUGUUCUCUUGGUUUGCAUGUGCACAUCAAAUCAAUCUCAUAAUGUUAAUAUAUUUAAAGAUCUGACCUUUGAACUGUAACCCAGCAGACAUGAUGGCAAUGUGGGUUGAAUCCCAACGUUGAAUUUGCAUGUUUAACCCAUAGAAACUGACCUAUCAUUAAACGCUUGAUACCUGCAAAUGUCUUAAGUCUGGGGGGUUGUGGCUGAUUUAAAAGGCUGCAAGUCUAUUGGAUGCUAUAAAUCCAGAAAUAGGGGAGGGGAGUUGGGAUGCUCUAAUCAAUGUUCCAUUGUGUACCUGAGAUUACAAUACGAAAGGUCGGGGAGGACCUUUGUUGGAAAGUAAACCACCCUUAGUCUCCUUCACUUCUUUUCCACUCCCUUCAUCAUUCCCGUCCUUCCGUCUUGUUGGUAGAUGCUUGAAUACAGAGUCCUUCGGAAUGCUUUUGCCAAACGAUUUGUUGCUCUUCUUUCCCUUCCCAUCCAAUGAGAGCCAGCUCUUGAAAGGGCCCUCCCUCUUUUGCUUCUUCUGCUUCUUUGGCCCCCAGCCGUGUAGCGUGAGAAGGCUGUUGUUGUUUUUCUUCUUCUUUGGUGUCUUAAUGUGCAGCGCCCCCCUCAGCACGCUCAAGGCCCUGAACACAGCCGGCUUGUGUUUCUUCUUCUUACCGAACAACACACUGCGCGACGACGAAGCUCCCAUCGCGUUCACACACCUGGCAGGAACGAUCAGGAUUGAGUGUGUUAACUGGAGUUGUUUCCUAUUCAGAUAAACUUGGACUGACACUUUCUGUCUUCUCCUCUGAGAUGGUGGAAAAUAAGCAGCUCUGCUUCCUAUAGCUCAUGUAUUUAUCAUAUUGAUUUACAGUUUUUCUCAAUCGUUUAAACACGUUUUCUGAAACUAUAGCUCAAUUUCUCAAAACUCUAAACACAAACCUGAGAAGAGUUAAUAAUUUUGUCAAAACUCCACAAAUUC